UACUCGGAGCUCCUCGUUUCCGUUCGCGAUGGCGCAGGGCAAGCUGAAAUUCAAGGCGCAGCGACCCGGAGGGGCCAGAAAACAGCAGAACAAACCCAAAGGACCGAAGAAAGGAGGGAGGAUCAUCGCGCCCAAGAAGGCGAAAGUUGUCCAGCAGCAGAAGCUGAAGAAGGACCUGGACGUGGCCAUCAGGAAUAAAAUCGAGCAAGAGAUCACUCAGAAGGCCAGCACCAACUUACACAAGAGGCUCAGCGUGCUCAAGACUCCGCCAGCGAAAGAGGGCGCAGGAGGACCCCCGAAACCCAGCACAGCUGCCGGACCCUCCAAAUAACCCCCCCGCUGUAUGCCCAUACACAACUUCUCAGAAUGUAACCAACAUAAAGGACUUUAAGCUGGU